AUGUCCGACCUUGAGCCCACUCCCCAGGAUGAUGCUGACAGGAUUCGAUUGAAACGACUCGCGAAGCUCGCCCAGGCUUCGAGCUCAUCGCCAACAGCAUCCGGGCAACAAACGCCAGCGGGAACUAGCCCCGCACCUUCUUCUUCAAAUGCGGGACAGGCUUCACGUCCGCCGCCCCCACGAAAGACGACCACACCAUUGGCGCCACCGAAACAAAUAGAACCUGUCCCCGUGCCAUCCAGUCGAAUGAGGAAACCCGCUCCGAAAUUCAACAUGGAGGCCUGGGAACACGAAGCAAUCGGCACUAUCCUCCAAGUAACAUUAGACCAAGAGACUGCCUCUCGAAGUGGCCAUGAGAUCGUGUGGCUCAAGCACCUUGCAGAGGAACUAGCUUCUGAGGAGCCUGGGAACGCUUGUCGGAUGUCCAUGAAUAACGUGGAUAGGAUUCUCAUUGCUAGACUUGAGUUAGACCCUCAGCAAAUGUCUGAUGAUCUAGAGUAUCUUCCUGUCUUGGUUUCUCUUCCACGCGACCAAACCAUCUUCGAAUACCUCGUUGGAUCUUGGAAACGGCUUAAUAAUACUAGAUCGACCCUCCUGAAGCGGGGGUAUGCUCCAAUGGAUACCGAAAACGCAUUAAAUAAAUUGGAGAAAAUCCGCGAGUUGAUCAUAAGUUACGCUGGGCUGACGUUGCAAGAGCCCGAAAUGUUUCCCCAACCUCAAGGUCGAGUCCUUGGUCCUGCCGAAUUAGUCGGUCCUUUGCUGUCCCUUUCUGCUUUAUCCACCUCCAUUUUAUCUGGCUCUACUACACCAACAACGACAUUGUCCCCAACAGAGGUGGAACCCUUCCUCCAAGAUCUUGCCCGACGGUUCGAGCCAGAUAAUGAAAUUGACGGCGUUCUCGGAGAUGUCGUUAAACAUCUGGUCUGGCAUGAGUCCCUUUUCCGCCCUGAAGGCCUUGGGGGAAGCGAUACCAGCUGGCGUGGGGUAAUUGCAGGUCUGGAGGCUUUGGUUUCAAUCAAGAGUAUUGCCAUGAUGAUCACCAGAAUGGACGAAUGGAUACCUGCGAAUGCCACAGCUGCGUCUAUUGAGCAGGGGGUGGUGGAGGCUAAUCCUGGUCAGCAUCGCUGCCAGUGA